AUGCCCCUCCUGGAGCCUAUGGCAAUGAAAUACCAACUUGGUUACCUAGUUGAAGAGCCCCAACGUACCAAUUCAGUCAAACCCCACUUCACCCGUGGCCCAAUCCUCGCGAAGCCUUCUUCACUAGAUGGUUACUUCGGACCGCCGCCGGAUUACCGCUUCAUCCAUACGCGCGUUGACUUCACAGUCCAGCUGCGAAAAUUGCCCAGUAUCCCCAACCGGGAGCAAGCGAUACAUUACGCAGAACACGAGUCGAAGAAUGAGGCAACCGUGGCGAGCGCGGAAAGGGCCGUGGACCUUAUUCUCGAGAUCAAGCAAAACGACAAAAUUGAGGGACUAAUUGGAUACUCAAAAGGGGCGACGGUAGCUGCCUAUGUUAUGACAGAAGAACAGCGACGGUAUGAAGAACACGGACGUCCCGUGCGAGUCAAAUGCGCAGUUUUCAUAUCAGGGUGGCCGGCUAUUGAUAUUCACUUGGGAAAUGUUAUUGUUCCUACUGGGCUUGACGAUGAGGAAUAUAUCCCUAUCCUGACUUGUCAUGUUAUCGGUGCCGAGAAUGCAUUUCUAGAGAGGUCGAACGCAUUGGAUGAUCUCUGCAAUGUUGAUAACGCUGAGUAUUUUGAUCAUGGCGGUGGUCAUAUUAUCCUGAGGCAUCCAACAACGUUGAGGGAACUGGGCGAUGUUAUGCGGAAUAUGAUUCAGGAGAGUUUAGACUGGGAGAUCACCACCAUCCAAUGUUGGGAUUUUGCUGGUAGAUUGGUCGACAAGCCUGUUGGUUGCCAAGGUACCGUUAGUUGA